UCUACUACACAUGGAGAAUGAAACAUGUUUUUGCAUGAAGAAUGAAAACACAAGAACCUUUCUAUUGACACAAUUGUAGCAGUGUUAUAACUAUAUUUAUACAUCGCUAAGCAUCCUAUAUAGCAGUUACGUUUUAGUUAUUGUCCUGUAACGUUAUCGUGUACAUCCAUCUUCCCGUCUCCCUCUAAAGAAAUGUCUCAGGAGAGUCAACAUGGCAGGUGGAGUAUAUCAGAUAGUGAAGAAGAGGACAACAUCAUACCCCCAACCCCUCAAAAACGCUCAGACACACCAAGUAUUAAACCUAAUUUAGAAAGCAAACCCAAUAAGAUCACCACCAUUCUUAAGCAAAAGCCGGAGCAAAGUCCUAAUGUAAAUGUAAACCUAAAUGUAAAAGAACCGUCUGCUCCCUUCAUCGGAUCCGAAGCUAGACAAGCUGCACAUGGGAACCAAAUAAACCCUGUGAAAUAUGAAAGCAAUCCCUCUCCGGCUGUAAAGCGAAAGAGAGAGACGGAUGAAGGGGGCUGGAACCUCUCCAGCAGUGAUGAUGAAGAAACCCGACCAUCUGUCCCAAAAGAUGAACCCAAGAAAGUUAAUGUAAGUCCUAAAAAGAAGAAAACCGAACACACACGUCCUCCGAGCCCUCACGGGGCCUGUUAUUAUAAAGAAGAGCCUGCUGAUUUUUUCGAAACAAACUUGUCAAUGAAUGACAUGUACCGCUUUUAUUUAAACAAAGUCACUGGGAUACAGAAAAAGUUCAAUACCGGAGCACUGCAUAUCAAAGAGAUACUUUCUCCUAUGUUCGGGAUGCUAAAAGAGUCUGUGCAGUUCAAUUACUGCUUUGACAUUCCAUGGAUGGUGGAGCAGUAUCCUCCAGAAUUUAGGGACAAACCCGUCGUGAUUGUUCAUGGAGACAAACGAGAGGCCAAGGCUCGAUUAAUUGAGCAAGCCAAACCAUAUCCACAUAUUACUUUCUGCCAGGCCAAACUGGACAUUGCAUUUGGCACACAUCAUACGAAAAUGAUGCUGCUAUGGUACGAGGAGGGAUUCAGAGUCAUCAUCCUUACCUCGAACCUUAUCCGAGCCGACUGGUACCAGAAAACUCAGGGGCUGUGGAUGAGUCCACUGUACCCCAGGUUACCGGUGGGAAGUCCAGGAUUAGCAGGGGAGUCUCCCACCAACUUCAAAAGAGACCUGCUGGAAUAUCUGGAAGCAUACCGGGCUCCAGAGCUCGCUGACUGGAUCGAUCGCAUCAAACAGCAUGAUCUGUCAGAAACACGGGUGUAUCUCAUUGGUUCAACUCCAGGAAGAUAUCAAGGACCUGCCAUGGAAAAGUGGGGGCAUCUAAGAUUGCGAAAGCUGCUCCGCGAACACGCUCACCCCAUUCAGAACGAAGAGAGGUGGCCUGUGAUUGGUCAGUUUUCCAGUAUUGGCUCUAUGGGUCUUGAUAAGACUAAAUGGCUUGCAGCUGAGUUCCAGCAUACCCUGGGCACGCUGGGGAGAGCAGAGAAAUCAUUACCCACCCCGCAACCACAGAUGCACCUGAUUUAUCCAUCUGUGGAAAAUGUGAGGACCAGUUUGGAAGGUUAUCCAGCUGGGGGAUCUUUACCAUACAGCAUACAGACGGCACAGAAACAGCUCUGGCUUCACUCAUACUUCCAUGGCUGGCAUGCUGAUGUUACCGGUAGGAGCAACGCAAUGCCCCACAUUAAAACAUAUAUGAGGAUCUCACCAGAUUUUACACAACUGGCCUGGUUCCUUGUAACAAGUGCCAAUUUGUCAAAAGCUGCCUGGGGUGCGCUGGAAAAGAACAACACUCAGAUAAUGGUGCGUUCCUAUGAGCUGGGAGUUCUCUACUUGCCUUCAGCCUUUAACAUGAGCACAUUUCCAGUGGAGAAGGACGUGUUUUCUGGCUCCGCCUCCUCCAAAGGCUUCCCUGUGCCCUAUGACCUUCCACCUCACCGUUACACCAGCAAAGAUCAACCUUGGAUCUGGAAUAUUCCAUACACUCAAGCUCCGGAUACUCAUGGAAAUGUAUGGGCACCAUCUUGAGAAGAUAAUACCUUUGAGACCAUCUGCAUUAGAUCAAAUGGACUUGAGACUCUCUUAGUAUUCCAGCCACCUGAAUGAACUCAUUACCUGUGACAGCAAUAGUAGAAGUAUGGGUUUGUGUCAUUUAGUGUAUUAGAUACUGUAUUUUAGCCACGUUGAGGUGAGUCCACCUUAUUUUUUCCAUUAUCAUUUUGUAAAUUAACAGAUAAAAGAUGUUUUACAGGUAAAACCAUAAUGGGUGUAAUAAAUGUAUUUUUCGAAUGAACUGUCCUCUGUGUUUUGUACAAAAAUGUACAUAAAUCAGUGGUGGCUCUUCCGAAGGGUGCAAAUUCAAAAUAAGUGUGUCAUGUGUGUUGCUCAUGUUUUCAAAAUAUGUGUUUGUUGCGUGAUGUGAACCAUGUGCAUCACGUGUUUUGUCAAAAUAAGUGCCUGUUGCACACACCUCAAAACCGUUGAGACGUGCACGUUCACAAAAUACACGCAAGACACUCCCUUAACAGUAAACUCUGAUUACGCAUGAGAUUAUGUGAGUAUCUGGCAAAUGGAAGCGUCUCUUUAUCAUAAACCCUUUAGACGCGUCUGCAGCAGUCAUUUAUUUUGAUAAGACACGUGAUGCACAUAGGUUCACUCAACCACAAAACACAUAUUUUGAAAUUACGUAAUUACAGGCUACAUAAAUGGUGUGACAAUCUUUGCAUCGGCGCCCUCGUAAAAAUAAGUCACCGGCCGCCACUGACAUACAUGUAUGUUUAACACAGAAUCAAAUGAAACAACUUUGACCCAGACAUGGUUUUGGAAAAUCAAAAGCAGGUAAUGGGUACCAUUUAUAGAAAGACUAUCUCUCAAAUCCAUUUCCUGUUUGGUAUAACAGAGUUAGUACAGAUGAAAGAAGGACUAAAUGAAAUGGUGAAAACUUAAAGUGGCUGUUUUAUAUUAUUUGAUUAUGGACGUGUCAAACACAUUCUAGUCGAGUUAAAUUUUUUCACAGCUUCUAAUGUGUUCA